GGUAGUUCGAAGAUACAUCCAGUACUGUUUCAGCAGUGGUCGUGAAGACACUCGAGUGAGAUGAAACGUUUUAUAUUUAUAAUUUUCUCCGUCAUUCUGCUCUGUUGCCAUGGUGAAGCGGCGAAUAUCCUCGGUUUAUUCCCCAUCACAGUGCGAAGUCACCACAUGGUUUACGAGCCAUAUCUGAAACGACUCGCGGAGCGCGGUCACAACAUGACCGUGGCAUCUUUCUUCCCCGUAAAAGAUCCACCCGCAAAUAUCCACGGGAUCAGCUUGCAAGGAAUUGACGAAACACGAUUUGAACAGAUCAACUUAAACGCCUUAGAAAGCAAGAGUUCCUUAUAUAACAUUCCGAUGUUAGAACGCGUUGUAAAAUGCAUUUUUACGCAGGAAACAUUCUCUGCAUCGAAUGCAAGAAUUUGUGAGCGCCUGGUCGAUUUCCAACCGUUUAUUGAUGCUCUGAAAGGUGAAUACGAUCUGGUUUUGACGGAGCAUUUUUUGGGCGAUUGUGCGUUGGCUUUGUAUCGUUUGUACGGUGGAAAAGCACCGAUAUUAGCUGUGGCGACCGGGGCACGCAUGCCUUGGACAAUGGAACGCAUCGGUGCAGUCGACAAUCCCUCCUACGUGCCCAUCGUAACGUCCACAUUCAAAUCGGAAAUGUCCUUUAUGGAACGAAUGGAGAAUACGUUGUUGAGCAUUUGUUUAAAUGAAUGGUUUACACGGCAAAUUACGAUGAAAGAGAAAAAGAUAUUAGAGACAAGAUUCGGCAACAUUCCAGACCUCAAUGAGCUGGCCAGGAAUGCGUCGAUGAUAUUCUUAAACACAUUCCACGUACUUAACGGAGCCAUGCCUCUCGUUCCUGGGCUGAUAGAAGUUGGUGGGAUGCAUUUAAGCCUCGACAAGAAACCUGUACCUCAGGUAGGUAUUAUAUUUUUACAUAAAAGUACCUAUCCACAUAAAUCAGUGCUUCAUUUGUUACGACAAAGAAAAGAAUAUUGUAAAUACCUCCACACAUUUCCAAAAUAAAGGGUUUUGACAAACAGACAAAUGGACAGAAAAUGAAUAUAAGGUUUUUGUUUUUAGGGUUCCG